GUGUGAUGUGUUGUGUUUUCUUUUCCACUGAUAUUCAAACAAUGCCAUUUACGGGUAGCCUACUGGAGAGGAACAGACAUGCUGGCAUUUCCAGUUAGACCAGUGAGGAAUUAAUGUGUGUGUCUCUCUCUCUUCUCUCUCUCUCUCUCUGUCUCUCUCUCUCUCUCUAAACAUGUAACUUGACACAAAUCUUGUCAUGUGAUCAGAUUAUGGUUGUGUGGCACAUACUCGUUUGUAGAAAUAUUCAGCCGGGAUCCACUCUUCAGCCACCUGUUUCUCAGUGAGGUCGUCGCCAUGGCAAAUAACCCAGUGUUCAUGCAGCCUGGUGUCUAUGAGAAGACGCUGUCUCGAGACUGGAGCACAGGAGUCUUCCAGUGCAGUGAAGACAUUGAAUCGUGCUGCUGUGGUUUCUGGUGUUACUGGUGUUUCACCUGCCAGACAGCUGAUGAGUUUGGAGAGCUCAGUUGUCUCCCCCUAGUGGACAUAUGCCUUGGCGGUUGUGUAAAACCAGUCACCAUGUCAGUGAGGGCUGUUAUGCGCCGACGCUACGGCAUCCAGGGGACCCUGUGUAAUGACUGUGUGUGCUCAGUCUUCUGUUCACCAUGUGUCUGGUGUCAGAUGUACAGAGAGAUGAAGAGGAAUGUGCAGCCAAUCACAUUCGUCAACACACGGCCCCGAUAGGACGCCUUCACUCAUCAUCAUCAUCAUGUUUAUUUGAAUACUCCUAUGCAGAAUGUUCAUAUAAAUGCUCAUGUUCGUAAAUACUGUACACUAUCACUACUCAUAAGCCAUGAUCAAAACCUUGAAGCAAGAAUAGAAAAAGAAGAAGAUCGUAGAGGAGGACUGAGAUAUGUUGAUACUCAUCCUAGUAUAAAGACUUGAGGUGAAUUGGGCCUGAACUUUUUAAGUCACGGAGAGACAGGUGGACCUGAUCACAAUAUGUACUGCCCCCUACUGGAGGGUACAGGUAAUUAUUUUCUCUAAGCUUAUUUUGGCAUGCAGUGUAAAUUGUAGCAUGCCCAAGCAACAGAUGCCUGAUGGUCCGAGAUGCCCCUGUUUGUUCUCUUAAGAGCUGCCUGUGUGGGCAUUGGAACAUACAGGUGCAUAUAAAAAAUAGAAUAUAGCAAAAAAGUCCAAUGCCCUGAAAGAUUAAAGGCUCAGGAAAUCAUAGCUGGUAUUUUGACUUAAUUAGCUGAUUAGAGCUCUUCUCAAGUCAACAUUUUUGUAUAUUAUAAAUUCUUUAUUCUAAUAGUUUGAGAUACUGUUUUUUUUAUUUCCAUGAGCUGUAAACUGUAAUCAUGAAGAUUAGAAUAAUCAAGAUUAAAACAGAAAAUUACUUGAAAUAUUUCA